CCGAGGGAGGAAAGAGGGGCGGAGCGAACAAGCCUGCCGCCGCCGCCGCCGCCGAAGCCCCGAGCGAAAGCAGGCAGCCCGGCGCCCAAGCGAGGCAGGCAGGCAAGCAAGCAACUGGGGGCAAGCGGGCGGCCAGCUCGUCUCGCCCCGGCAAGCAGCGGCGACUCGUCCCUUAGAGAGAAGUUGAGAAGACUUCUAGCAGGCACUGUUAACACUGAUGAGAGAUCUUGUAUGCCAAGCUUGUCAGUAUUUGAACAGACCACAUCAUGCGUGAGUACAAGCUAGUGGUCCUUGGCUCAGGUGGCGUGGGGAAAUCUGCUUUGACUGUACAGUUUGUUCAGGGAAUUUUUGUUGAAAAGUAUGACCCUACAAUAGAAGACUCUUACAGAAAGCAAGUGGAAGUAGACUGUCAACAAUGUAUGCUUGAAAUCCUCGAUACAGCAGGGACAGAGCAGUUUACAGCAAUGAGGGAUCUCUAUAUGAAGAAUGGUCAGGGGUUUGCACUAGUAUAUUCUAUUACAGCACAGUCCACGUUCAAUGAUUUACAGGACCUGAGGGAACAGAUCUUAAGGGUCAAGGACACUGAAGAUGUUCCAAUGAUUCUGGUUGGCAAUAAAUGUGACCUGGAAGAUGAGCGUGUAGUUGGUAAAGAACAGGGACAGAACUUAGCAAGACAGUGGUGUAACUGUGCCUUUCUAGAGUCGUCUGCGAAGUCUAAAAUCAACGUUAACGAGAUCUUUUAUGAUCUCGUCAGACAGAUAAAUAGAAAAACACCAGUGGAAAAGAAGAAGCCUAAAAAGAAAUCAUGUCUGCUGCUCUAGACCCACAGCAUGCAGCAGAUCUGAGCCAGGAUUGCAGGAAUGAAGAACUGUUGCCUAACUUGGAAAGUGCCAGCAUUCCAGAUUUCAAAUGAUUACACCACCAAUUAACAACGUAUCUGAAGAGCUUCUCCUGUUUUUAUAUAUUAUGUGAAGAAUUUCGAUCUUAUAAUGGUUUGCACAAAGGUCCCUGGGAAAAAGAAAAGAAAAUUGGUCUGUGUAUAUCUCUUGGAAAUUAAAAACAAUAGUCCUUCUCCUUUGCAAUAGCAAUUAACAGAUGUGAUAAGUAUAAUUGACUCUAGUUGUAUGAUUAUACAAAGAGCAUGGAUGCAUUUCAGAUGUUAGAUAUUGCUACUAUAAUUUCAUAAUGACCUCUUACCAUAAUUCUUCUCCCAUCAAGCACUAAAAAGGUCACUCAAUUAAUACUUUAUAUCUAUCAUGAUAGAUAUAACAAUACAAAUUUUACCUUUUGAACUCACUGCAGCAAAUAACUUUUUCCAAGUCAUUGACUUCAUUUUAUAUUUAAAAAGUUACAGAAUAUCAUUAUUUUCAUUCUGCCAUUAUAUUCUAAUUAAAAUUGUGCAUAAUGCUUUGAAAAAAAUGGGUCUUUUAUAGGAAAAAACUGGGAUAACUGAUUUCUAUGGCUUUGAAAGCUAAAAUAUAUAAUAUACUAAACCAACUCUAAGAUUGCUUCUUGUGUUUUACUGUCACAGAUUAAAUUACAGCUUUUAUGAAUGAUUAAAUUUUAGUACAUUUUCA